CCGGUAUCGGCCUGCUCGAGCGACGGAGAUGGAUCGACAAACAUGUAGUAUCCGAGGAUGAUGAUCACGGCCAAGUAUCCAAAUAGGUACACUGGAACGGGCAUCUCUUGCAAUGGAGGGUGUGUGGCUACCAUCGGGCGACAAAAAAACGCAGUAAGGCCUUCGAUACACAUGUACAGCAUGACGCACCAGCGAUGGAGUUGCCACUUGAGGUCUGGGGUGAGAUCGCCUCGUUCCUCGACAUUCGAUCGUGCUUGGCACUGACACGCACCUGCCGCCGAUUCCUCGCAUUUCAUCAACCUGCAUGGGAGGAUACGAUCUACCAGUGCUGCAUCAACACCCGCAGCCUCUCGCUGAUCCAAGUGAUCAUGCGACCAAUCCCGGUUCUGUGGCGGAACGACAGCGUCCUUCGACACUACACGCGCUUCAGCUCGAUGAUGCACAAGGAAGCAAUGGUCUGUGAACUGCUCCGGCGUAGCCCCACAUCCACUAACGAUCCCGGUUUCCGAAUUCUGGAAAUGCUGCUCGCGUGUGGAGUGUCGCCGCACGGAGAUAUUGCUGCCCGAUGCAUCAUGUGCAUCCAGAACCACGAUGUCUUGGCACGUAUCGUCCCUGUGAUGACAGCCAACUGUGCCCGCAGGGGCGAGGAAUCACUGGCGUUGUUUGCCAAGACCGCAGUCGAACGAGCGAUACAGACGGGUCGCCACGAAUUCAUUCAAGCCUUCCUCGGGCAAGUGACACUCGAUCUGGUGGACAGCAUGCACUACUUUGACUGGGAUCUCAUCAACGAAGCCAUCUAUGCCGAGAGCACGAUCGUGCUGGAUCUCUUCUUCCAACACCAGUGGCCUCGCCCCAGGCAGGAUAUCGUCCAGCAAGCUGCCAUCAUUGGAUCCAAGCGCAGCAGUGCUGUCGUUGUCGAAUGGGCACUCGGCCACAAUCAACUGGACGACCCUCGUGUGCUCCUCGGCCACAUUAUCAGCCUCUCUCCCGAGAUCCACGACCUGCUUCUCCGAUUCUUCCCGAACGAGACGACUCGUCUCCUGAAGCGGCUCCUCAAGUCACAUCCAAACUCCGACCCGCAGCCCUUGAUCUACUACUGCGUCUGUCGAUCGCCGCAGAUCGACGCGGACGCCCUGGUGCUCACUGCGAGAUACCAGAAACUCGAGCUCUUGCGAUUCAUGCUGGAGCAGAUGAAUCCGGAAUCGUACGGGUCGGAUCUGUGGUUCGACCUCCUCUGCAGCUCGGGACACAGCAACGCAACCGUGGCAUUCGUUCUGCACCACCACUGCUACAGCACCAAGGAGCAAGUCGAUGCACUGCGCCGAUUUGUGGUGUUUGGAUUCGAGCCUGGAACCAAUGUGAUUCUGGACAUGCUCGACGAUCGCGAUCUUCCCGACGACAUCUUGUUCCGGGCAUACUUCAACAUCAGCGAGUUCACUGGGAUCUGUGUGUACACCCUGCUGCGUCGGGUGCUGCACAUCCCCAGGAUCAUUGGAUUCCAGGAAAUGGGCGAGACCGUCCUGGAGCGGGUGAUCCGCUUGCGAAUGUGGUCGCACAUCGUGCCUCUGGUGGAUGCCGGGGUGCGGGUGUGCAAUUCGCAUGUGUUGCUGGCGAAUGUAAUGUACAUGAUUGAUCAGAUCCCCAAAACCAUGAUCCCACAGGACGCCAUCCGCAAUGCGGGGUGUGAAGUUGAGCCCAGAUACACGGAGAGCACGCACACCGACUACCCCGGCCUCGUGCUGACCAGCAAGUGCAACGGACGAGACAACUUCCAGGCGUACAUCCAAAGCGCCAAGGGUGACAAGAUCCUCUAUCCAUGCAAUCCCAAGGAGAUCAACGACAUACCACAGGAGGGUGACGGGCUCGGUAACAUCGUGUCUGCCCAUGCUGCUUCCGACGGCACGCUGAUCCGCUUGGGUCACAUCGGCGGCAAGUGGAUCAUGAGUUCCAACACAUGCAUCAAUGCCCGAGACGCUCGCUGGGGUAGUUUCAAGAGCUUCUAUACGCUCUUUGUGGAUACGCUGAAGGAGCUCUCGAGCACCCGGAGAACCGCAACGUGA